AUGGCCUCCCUUAGCGAAGGGCUAUUCAAGUCACUCCCAGCGCCAAAAUACACAGGUGAAAAUGAGGAGCUUCCAGCACACGCUCAACGACGCGGACCAAGGGUAGUAGGUGCUGAUGCCAUUGAUGAGACUCAAAUAGUGGUGAAGGUAAGUGGUUUUGUUUCAUGCUUUUUCAUGGGCUUUGGCUCCCUCUGUUCUUCGUUCGUCUCUAAUGGAGUCUUAUUCUUGCAGAGGGCUGGCCCGCCACCGUAUGGAAAACGCGUAGGAUGGAGACCGCGGUCGCUGGAAGAUUUUGGAGACGGCGGCGCAUUCCCUGAGAUUGCUGUUGCCCAGUAUCCCCUCGAUAUGGGCCGCAAGGAUGCUGCAAAUAAGUCGAAUGCUCUAGCCCUGCAAGUCGAUGCUGAGGGUAAAGUCAAGUAUGACUCCAUAGCAAAGCAGGGCCAUAACGAGAACAGAAUCGUACACGCAUCGUUUAAGGAUUUGAUCCCGUUACGGCAAAGAGUGGACAUGGGGGAGAUUUCUCUGGACAGGCCUUCACAAGAAGAAGUCAAUGCGCAGAUGGAAAAGACGAAGGCUGCCCUUGAGAAAUUGGUUACCGGAGCAGUUUCGGCCCAGAAACCGAAGAACGUCGCCACAGGCAAGAGGAGCGAACCUACAUUUGUUCGAUAUACCCCUGCAAACCAGAUGGGCAAUACCAACCGCAAAAAUGAUCGGAUUAUGAAAAUUGUGGAAAAGCAGGUUGAUCCUCUUGAGCCUCCGAAAUUUAAACAUAAGAAAAUCCCACGGGGCCCUCCGUCACCACCUCCGCCCGUUUUACAUUCUCCUCCAAGAAAACUCACUGCUGAAGACCAGGAAGCGUGGAGGAUUCCCCCACCGGUAUCAAAUUGGAAAAAUCCAAAGGGCUACACGGUUCCCCUUGAUAAGCGAUUGGCUGCUGAUGGUAGAGGGUUACAAGAUGUUUCGAUCAACGAUAAAUUUGCUCAAUUCGCAGAAGCGUUGUUCACUGCUGAUCGACACGCUCGAGAGGAAGUAAAGCAACGAGCACAGAUGCAACAAAAGUUGGCUGAGAAGGAAAAAGCCAAGAAGGAAGAGCAUCUACGGCAGCUUGCCCAAAAGGCAAGAGAGGCAAGAGCUGGAGCUUCUAGCAGUCGUAAUGAAUCCCGUGCCAGAUCCAGAUCCCGCAGUGGCAGUAGAAGCCCUUCCCCAUAUUCUUCUAGAUCACCUACUCCAGACGAGGAAGACGAAGCUGUCCGAGAACGUGAGAGGAGACGCCGCGAACGACGCCAGGAAGAUGAAAGAAAACUACGUCAGUCUAGAAUGGGCGCCGAGCGCCGUGUUCAAGUUAUGGCCCGGGAACAGAAUCGAGAUAUUUCCGAAAAGAUUGCUUUGGGAUUGGCAAAACCGACACAGAGCAAGGAAACCAUGUACGAUUCUCGACUUUUCAACCAGACCAGUGGAUUGCAGAGUGGUUUCAAUGAGGAUCAACCCUAUGAUAAGCCUCUUUUUGCUGCCCAGGACGCCAUUAACAGUAUAUACCGUCCUCGUGCUCAAAUGGAUGAUGAUGAUGAGAAUGCUGGAGGAGCAGAAAUGGAUCGAAUAAACAGAGGCAAUCGCUUUGAGGUCCUAGGGCGUGCUAAGGAAGGGUUCAAAGGAACUGAGGACGCUGAGGCUCGCGAAGGUCCUGUGGAGUUUGAAAAAGAUACCGCGGAUCCCUUUGGCAUCGACGGAAUGAUUGCCGAAGUUACUGGUGGUCAAUCUUCCGGUGGGCAGAAAAGAUAUGGUAUCCAGGAGGCGGAAUCCAGUCAGAGAGGCUCAAAACGAGCGCGAGUAGAUGACGAUGAAGACGAUGACCGCCAUCGAAGGAGAUAA